UGACCCGACGGUUCUGGGCCAGCGCAACCUUUAUGGAUCAGCCGAACCGGUCCAAUCUCGUUUCUUAUUCAAUCUUUAAGAUCGAGAAUCCUCUCAGUCAAAAUCACCCGCCACCGCCAUGGCCAGUCCACCGACGAUCCCCGUCACCAAUCAGCAAGCCGCUCAAUCCCAGCCGCCGAUCAACACGCCCGCCUUCCGCACCUUCUUCUCCCGCCUCUCCUCCUCGAUCCGCGACGGCCUAUCGCAGCGCCGCCCCUGGACGGAGCUCGUGGAUCGGAGCUCCAUGGCGCGGCCCGAGUCCCUCACCGACGCUCUAUCCCGGAUCAGGAAGAAUCUCGCCUACUUCAAGGUGAACUACGCCGCCGUCGUCUCCCUCGUCCUCGCCUUCUCCCUCUUCUCGCAUCCCCUCUCCCUCCUCGUCCUCGUCGGCCUCCUCGCCGGGUGGAUGUUCCUCUACGUUUUCCGCCCGGCGGAUCAGCCGCUCGUCGUGUUCGGGCGCGCUUUCUCCGAUCGGGAGACGCUGCUCGGCCUCGCGUUGGUUACGGUCGUUGUGGUGUUUAUGACGAGCGUCGGGUCGCUUUUGACGUCGGCGUUGAUGAUCGGCGUCGCGAUUGUUUGUUUGCACGGUGCGUUUGUGGUUCCGGAUGAUCUGUUUAUGGAUGAUCAGGAGCCUGCUAACGCUGGGUUGCUCUCGUUCCUUGGUGGUUCUGCUGCCUCGGGGAGAGUUUAAUUUUUGUUUCGAAGAGGUGGGUUCGAUUCGGCACGUGAUCCAUUUGCUUGAUCGUUUCAUUCAUUGUGACAUCUAAUGUUGAAGCACAUUGAAUCCAUCAUUUUUUUGGGUUGAUUAUGUUUUUGCUCAUUUGGUUUUGUAUGAUUUUGGUGUUAAGAGUCUUUCAUGUUUUUUUUUUUGGGUUGGAACAGCUGUUUUUGUCUUUUCUCAAGUUGAUCAGAUAGCUAUAUGAUUCGAAUUGAUAAAACCUGUUGUAGUGGCCGGCAUUUUCUUCUGAAUUAAUGAUCCUUAGUGUUUA